AUGGAAAGUGAGGAGAAAAGGAGAUUCUUGUUGCUUGCUUGUUUGUUUCCUUCGGGUGCAAGUAUACCUGUUGAAGAAAUGAUGAAAUAUGGCACCGGAUUAGGGUUGUUUCAACAAGCUGACACUCUAAAAAAAGCCAUGGAGCAAGCCAACACAUGGGUUGAUGAACUCAAAUCAUCAGCUUUAUUGUUAGAAGACCAUCGUGAAGGUUAUGUAAAAAUUCAUGAUUUGGUUCGGGCAUCUACAAUAUCUCUAGCAGAAAAAGAUGGAGACAAGGUUAUGGUGGAAGUCUUUCCUGAAUGGCCAUCGUUGGAGACUUUCCAAAAGUAUUAUGCUAUAUCUCUCAUGUCAGGCAUUGAUCAUUCUCGAAUGAAUGAUCUCAACUCCGACAAGCUUCAAAUAUUGAUAUUAGACAAUGCAAGAGUAUGCCUCGAGAUUUUUUUUUCUGAUAGUUUCUUUGAUGGAAUGUUGAGUUUAAGAGUUUUAGUCCUGAAAGGAAUGGACUUUACACUAGGGUUUCCAAAUUCCAUUAAGAAAUUGAAGAGGAAUCUUAGAACAUUGCUAUUGGAGAAAUGUAAGUUGGGAGAUAUUACUGGAAUUGAUGAGUUGACAAACCUUAUUGUUCUUAGUUUGCGUGAAUCGAGUAUGGAGGAAAUACCAGAGGCAAUAGGCAAUCUUUCCAAUCUUCGUUUGUUGGAUUUGAAUGGGUGUGUGAUUAGCAAGAAAGGGAUAUCAGCUAAUGUUGUCCUAUCUAAGCUGUCUAAGUUGGAAGGAAUUUACGCUCUUAGUAAUGGCUUGAUUUUUUAUUAUGAAGAGGAUGAAAAUAGAAGUGAAUUUGCGAUUGUUGAGUUGGAUGAAGUAGUGCAAGUAACAAUUGAAGAUUGUCAUGAACUCGAGUUUAUCAAAAAACUAGAUCAAUUUCAAAUAUGUGUUGGAAAGAGUACCAGCUCUGAUUAUUCAAAUAUGUACUCUCAAUCCCGUGCUUUGCAGCUCACCCACAUAAAACAUCCGAACUCAACUGCAACGCUAUGCCCGAAGAUGCAGUCUAUCUCAUCAAUCCCUUUCACGGCACCAAAAUUGGCUGAGGUAACUGUGUCGUCUUGUGAUAAUAUGAAAUUCAUUUUUAUGGAGAAUGAAGAUGAGUACAUAUUUAUUAAAAGAUAUUCUAGUUUAAAGCGAAUGAGACUAGAAUAUCUUCCGAAAUUGGAAAGUCUUACGGGUAUAACUAAACGUUCCACCACGGCUAGCUAUAAUCUUGAGGCUCGACAUCAAAUUCUUUUCAAUAGUAAGAUAAUAUUCCCAUCGUUGGAGCAAUUGGUCUUGUAUUGUUGUGGAAGAAUUGUAACGCUGUGGGAUGUCAAUUGUACGAGGAUAUAUAGUUAUCGUUCCAGCUUUGAGAAUUUGCACAAGUUAGAAAUUACAAGAUGUGACAAACUUGAAACAUUGGGUUCGCUAUCAAUAGCAACAGCACUUGUGCAACUUAAACAAUUGUCCAUAGAUAGGUGUCCACAAAUAAGGGAGGUUAUAAGUGACGAGGAAACAGAGGAAACAGAGGAUCUUACAUAUGGUUAUGAAAUUUUUCCAUUGCUUGAAAGUGUUAGACUAAAAGAUUGCCCCAAGUUGAAGAUGUUUAUAUCAAGAACAAAGCAUAAGGAUAAAUUUCCUAAAUUGUUAAUAUUGUCUUUGCAAAAAUUGGACAUUAGCAAAUGUCCUGAUAUGAAGUUUUUCUCAAUUCGGCCUUCUUUCAAGGCACCCAAAUUAAAUCAAAUUGAAUUUGAUCAUGUGGCUACUCCCAUGGACAACGAGACUAAGGAAAUUAAUUUCUUAGUCAAUUCCUAA